AUGAGCAAAAUUCGCCCCGUAUACAAGAAUCCUUUUAAGGAACAAGAUUACACAAAAAAAUCUGCUGUGGUGAAAGCUGUUCAACAUACCUCUUUAACUUAUAAAAAUAAGACAAGUAUUCAUCUCAGGUCUCAUUUUUUGACAAUUAGCUUUUCAUCAUCUGAUCAAAAUAAGUUAAGAGAUAUUCCAACUUUCAUGAGAUGUAUCUCGGAAGACUCAAAUUCUGUUUAUAAAAGACAGAACUAUUUACUCAGCUAUGUAGCCCCAUUUUGGGAGUAUAAUUACACAAGAAAAAUCUCUGGUGGUGUUUUAGAGCAAGCCUACUUUCUUAAAUAA